AUGAUAACAUCACCAAAUAUCUCAAGCGGUGGCUGCGAAUGGUAUGUUGAGGUUUAUCCCAAAGGAAAAGAUAUUGAAGAUCACUUGUCUCUCUACCUUUGUGUUGCGAAUCUUGAAUCAUUGCGAAUUGGAUGGAAAAGACGAGCCAGUUUUUCCUUUGCUCUGUUGAAUCAGUCAGCCAAAGAACUCUCCAAAAGAAAUGAAUCGUCGAUUCAAUUGUUCUGCGCUCAGUUCUCAGGACGGGGUAUGGCAAAGGCCGUACCUCUUAAAGGGCUUCAAGAGAAAGGGUUUAUGGAGAAGAACAAAUUGAUAGUUAAAGUGGAAGCAAAAGUAGUUGAUCAAGGAGAAGCAACCGGGAAUGAGACGUUUGAUUACAAUGGUUUCCAAGUUCUUUAUUCUCAGGUUAUUCAAGUAACUAGGCUUUUCAGAGACCACCCGGACGUUGCAGUGAAUGUCAGACCAAAUAACCAAUUGGUGAAGACAGCAUACAUGAAUCUCCUCCUCAUCGAGACACUGAACAAGCCUCCACAUAGCAUCACCGAGACUGAGUUAAGCAACGCUCAGAGCGAGUUUAUUGAGCUAACAGGAGCAGCGGGGUUCAAGCUAGACUGGUUGAAGACAAAGCUUGAUGAUAUUUCCUUCGAGAGGAAGAAAGCAAAUGCUGAUGGUUCUCGAGUCCAAGAACUGGAGGGACAAAUCAAGAAUCUAAAAGCUGAACUGGACGAGGAGAAGGUCAAAUCUGCUGCUGAAGAUUUGUCGGUGGAGCAGACAGUGUCGGAACUUAAAGAUGAGCUGAACAAGGAGAAGAGCAAAUAUGAUACUUGUGCUGCUAAAGUGUUGUGGUUAGAGCAUACAGUGUCGAAUCUCAGAGCUAAGCAGAACAAGAAGCCGAAAUUAAGCCCUCACUAG